AAUGAGCAAGAUGGCGAGCCCCGUGAGGUGUGUUGCACGAAGGAUAUUCCGUGAUUGCACGCGUAAAGUAAGCGUUUUAUCAACACAGCAAGACACCAAGCCGAUUUAUCCUUCUAAUAGCAUAGUCUGUAGAUGCUACAGUAAUGAUUUCGAGGAGAAAAGUACACAUUUCGGCUUCGAGACGGUACCAGAGGGGGAGAAAGCCGAGAGAGUGUAUAAGGUGUUUGAGAGUGUGGCUGAGAAGUAUGACGUAAUGAACGACGCCAUGAGCCUGGGCAUCCAUCGGCUAUGGAAGGACAUGCUGCUCCACAUCAUGAACCCGUUGCCAGGCGCACGCCUGCUCGACACAGCAGGUGGUACAGGUGAUAUCUCCAUGCGCUUUCUUGAGUACACUCGCACCCAGUGGGAGAGGCAGCAGAGGCGUGCAGUGCGCUCACGGCAGACCCUCUCCUGGCAGGACAUAUCCCAUAACUACGCACCCAGCCAUGACCAGGGGCCUGUAGAGUCCACUGCCGUGGUCUGCGACAUCAACAAGGAGAUGCUGAAGGUUGGGAAGGACAAGGCAGAGAAAAUGGGCUAUAGCUCAGGCUUAUCGUGGGUUGUGGGGGAUGCAGAGGAACUUCCUUUCGCGGAUGACCAGUUUGACGUUUACACAAUAGCUUUUGGCAUCCGCAAUGUCACUCACAUUGAACAGGCCCUGGAGGAGGCUCUGCGUGUGCUGAAACCGGGCGGCAGAUUCAUGUGUCUGGAGUUUAGCAAAGUUUCCAAUCCUCUACUGUCCAGGCUGUAUGACGCCUACAGUUUCCAACUGAUUCCUGUCAUGGGCGAGGUCAUUGCGGGUGACUGGAAGUCCUACCAGUACCUGGUUGAGAGCAUCCGCAAGUUCCCGGAUCAGGAAACUUUUAAAGGCAUGAUUGAGGAUGCUGGCUUUCUCCAAGUGCAAUACUUCAACUUGACUGGUGGGGUGGUGGCUAUUCAUUCGGGCUUCAAGCUAUGAGUGGAACUGCUACUGUCCAACUGGCAAAACUACAAUAAGAAAACAGCAGAAAAAGUGAUGAGGUGGGAGACACAGAACACAGGCCUCCGUGGAUGUUGUGCAAAUGUUUCACUAUUAUUGAGCUAACGUUGUGCUCUUUCCCAAGAGGAGGGCACAAGUGAUACACAUCUGUUUUGUGACUGGGUUGCUGAAAUAUUGUCUUGUUAUUUUUACUCGAAGAGUGAUGUUGGGGGAGAAAAGGACACUGUAUUUAUUGCUCUGUGAUGUUGCAAAAGGGAGUUUUGAAAGGCGAGCCUGCUGUGCCAAGACUUCGCUGUCCUGUCUGGUUUGUGUAAGAGAAACGGCCUUGCAUUUUCCCCCACGGCAUUUAAGGACGGCAAAAGCACGGCAGUCAAGAGUUGGUUGGGAAACACAUUUUGUGACUACAUCAAAUAAAUUAUGUGAGGAGUUUUAUAUUAA